AUGACUGCUCAAAGAUUGAAGAUAGGUUGUGCCGGUCUAGGCCGCAUGGGCAAGCGCCAUGCCCUAAAUUUCCUGGAGCGUACCCCCAGGGCUGAGCUCGUAGCUGCCAGCUCCCCGGACCCCGUCGAGCUCGAAUGGGCUAAGAUCCACCUCGAGCCCUUCGGCGUACGCCUAUACCAGAACUACGACGACAUGCUCAAACAUGAAGGUCUAGUUGCCGUGGUAAUCGCAUCCGCAACCGCCGUCCAUGCCGAGCAGGCCAUCAAGGCUAUCGAAGCAGACAAGCAUGUCCUUUGCGAGAAACCCAUUUCCACCAGCGUUGAAGUAUCCCAAUCCGUCGUCAACGCAGCAACCCUGAAACCCAACCUCAAGGUAAUGUGCGGCUUCUCCCGACGCUUCGACAAAUCCUACCGCGCCGCCCAUAAGAAAAUGCAAUCCGGCGCAAUCGGCACUCCCUCCGUCCUCCGCAGCCAAACCUGCGACAAGCUCGAUCCAACCGGCUUCUUCGUCGCCUACGCCCAAUACUCCGGCGGCAUCUUCGUCGACUGCUCCAUCCACGACAUCGACCUCACCUUCUGGUUCUUCGGCAACUGCAAAGUCAAAUCCGUCUCGGCGGCCGGCAUCACAGCCGUCGAGCCGGGUCUGCGUCAGCACAACGACCGCGAUAACGCCGUUGGAUUGGUUGAGUUCUACGACGGUCGCAUUGCGUACUUUUAUGCGUCGCGUAUGAUGGCUGCCGGCCAGGAGGAUGUUACUGAGAUUAUUGGGACUAAGGGCAAGUUGGCGGUUAAUGCUAGGCCCGCGAUGAAUCUGGUGCAGGUGUUUGGGGGCAGUGGGGUUAGUAGGGAGCUGCCCGGGGAUUAUUAUGAUCGGUUUGAGGAGGCUUUUGUUACUGAGGCGAGGGAGUUUACGGGGGCUUGUUUGGAUGGAGGGGAGUUGCCGGUUGUGUUGGGGGAUGCCGUUAGGGCUGUGAGGAUUGGGGCGGCGUUGCAAGAGGCUUUGGUUACAGAGAGGAAGAUCUUCUUUGAUGAGGAGGGGGAGAGGGUGGAGGUUGCGAGGUUGUAG